AGUUCACCGCACGUCGCGACAGCGGCCGGCCCAGUUCGGCUGUGACGUGGCGCCGCACACAUACAGCCUCACACAGCCGUGCAUACACACACAGGUGCGCCAGUGAGGCGGGCGACCUUCCCCUGAGAGGCACGUGUCGAGCGGCGACGGCACUUGGCAGCGAGCCGCCCCUGUCGCGACGCCGUCGACGGUGCCGUGUGCGGCGACCCGACGACGGUGGCGACGAGGAUACUGUGGAUUCUGAGACUGUGAAGGUGGUGCGAGCAGUGACGGUUACUUGAGCGGUGGCAGUGGUGGGAGUAAGUGAGGACACUACGAAAGACGGCGUUUUAAUGUUGUGACGGUGGGGAAUUUUGUGCAGUAGCCGCGAUAUCACGGUAACUAGCCACGUUUUAGAAUGAAGCGAUAGCGACUGAAAAGGUGAUUGUGGUCGAUCAUAAGGUGGAAGCAGCAGCGAAACAAGUGGGAGAAUAUUUGGUGAAAUAGGUGGUGGAAGAGGAACACUUUAUUCGAGCGCGGUACCCCAAAGUUGAACAUUGUGAAACAAACAGGCAGGGGUGGCAGGGCACUUAUCAGUGACUUGCUAUCAGGAUAUGAACUCGGCCGUCUCCCUCGCCCUCCCUCUCGCUCAGUGCUGAAGCUGUGUGCCAACUGUGUGCUGUGAACGUGCUGUGUAUCGGGGACAGAAACAUCACCAGAGCACAAGUGUUGGUGAGGCGUGUAUCCUGACUCAGGGAUUUUUAUUGGCGAGGCAGCGAGGCUUGUAUCUUCACCCAGACUGGUGAAGCGUGGAUGAUCCGGCUCACCGUUCAGGGAUAUUCAAUUUUGAAUUGACAACCAACAAGUGUGGUGAAUAAGUGAAUGCGAUUUUUCUGAAGCAUAAGUGACGGGCGUGGCAUACAGCCGUAAGUGACGCUAAUGUGACAGUCGUUGGCAUGACUUGGCACCCACCUGUUCACAAUUACAAGCCCUCUGCCACAAUCAAGUGGUGAGCGGUAUCCCGCUUUGCGCCGGAAGUGAAGACACCUCAGAGAUGAUGGCUCACCAGCGUCUGCAGGAGCUAGACGAGGACUGGAGGAGUGACGGCAGGCCCAGCCUGACCUCGGAGACAGACAUGCUGACCGCGGACGCCGACGGCGCCGAGCUGACCUCGGCAGUAGACUGGAUAUCUCAGAAGGGACGCUCCGCCCCGACCUCGCGGGGAGGGGGACCCGAGAGUCGCGCCUCAUCCACCAGAAAUCGACACGCGUCCGGGCUGUCGACCGGCAUGCAGUCGCGACUGGGCAGUCUGCGGCGAGGAGUGGCCUCUGUUCGACGAAGAGUGGGCCACCUAAGAGCAGGCACCAUGGCUGGCGAGGGCGUUUGCUGGUGUCUCGUCCGAAUCCUUUUACCAUUGGGCUUCAUCAUAGGCUGCAGUCUCCAGUUUGACGUCAUCUCACUGGUGUAUCUGGCUCUACUGCUGGCCUGUCCGGUGGUGCCGGCUCCGACCCGGCGCUCCUGGCAGGGUCCUCUAGGCAUCUACCUGAAGAUAUGUCUGGCGCUCACGCUGUUGGCCAUUCUGCCCCUGGUGUGCUUCCAAAUAGCGCUGUUCGCCAUGCCACCAUACGGACACAUACUGCAGUUCUGCGACCCUCCCGAGCCGCUGCUGCGUCAGCUGGGCCUCAUACGACUGGACGAGGUCUCCAUCCUGGCCGGCGUGUUCUACUUCGCCUCCAAGCUGGUGCCGUUCGUCAUUACGCUGGUCACCUUCAGGGAGUGUCGUGACCUGUCGCGCGAUGCGGACGUACCAGAGACGAACGCGAUCGGGGGCGGCACCUCACCCCUGAUCCAAAACACGCGGGAGCAGCUACAAAAGGACGGGCUCAAAUACUGCUUCGUGACGGCGCUGACGUUCCUGGCGCUGGCCGGCGCCGCCGUUAUCCGUCCCUCGGUGACGUCGGCCGUCUACCUGCUGACGCUCAUGGCGGCGAUGACGUGGUGGGCGUGUCUGCGCCCGCUGGGCCGGCCGUUCGGCGUCAUCUGCCGCCUGCUGAUGGCGUACACGGCGCUGCACGUGACGGCCCUGUAUGUGUAUCAGUUCCAGUGGCCGCAGCAGUACUUUGACCACACCAGCCUGGCGGCCAGACUGGCUGGUCUGGUUCAGAUCAAAGUGGCGAACUGCACGGGCGAUCCUCGGGACACUGUGUUCGCCGACACCACGUGGGACGUCUACAUCUACCCGCUGGUCAUCUACGCACUCUACUACAUGCUCGCCUUCGAGUCGCGCAUUCUGGGAAAUCUAAGGGACCCGCGUCUCCUGGAGGCCGUGCUCGACGUGCCCUUCAAGAGGGUCAGCCGCUCCCUGCGCCGCACGUUCAGACGAAAGCCGGGCCGCCAAGCGGUCACACUGGUGGAGGCCGACAGUCUCGGAGCGCGCUAUCAGGCCGUCGGCGAUGGCUCCUGCCCAGAUGACGCCACCGAGGAGCCGGCUGAGACUCGGCUCCGACGGGAGCGCUGGCAGAAAUUCUCCGCCACCGUGUACACUGUGUGGCGCAGCCUGGCGCGCGCCUCCUUCCUCGCCACCUAUGUGGUCAUGAUGUACUGGUCGAUCAAGUACCACAGCUACCUGACCUUCGUGUUCCUGCUGUGGGCACUGGUCGUGGCCGUUAUCAAGAACCAGCGGAAGGUGAUGCACCGCUCCUCGCCGUUCCUGGUGACGUACGCCCAGCUGCUGGUGCUGCUGCAGUUCGUCUACUGCCUCGACCUUACCGACCAGGAGCUGCCCGUCAAAAUCAACAACUUCGACCUGCGAGACGUGGUCUACAAGCCGGCCUCCUUCCCCUGCGAGACGCUGUCUCUGCAGCUGGUGUUUACCACCAUCUUCUGGCUCACGCUGCGGCAGUACCUUCAGGAGGAGCGGGAGCGUCACAACGACCUCCACCUGACACCCAGACGCCGUCUCUCGCUCGACGACGGCCUCCUGAAGCGCUGGGGCGUCGUCCUCUUCAAGGGCAUCGUCCGGCUCUGGAUCGUCGUGGUCGCCAUCAUGCUCUUCGUCUACGGCAUCGGCGAGGAGCGCGUCGUCAUCAUACAAAUCUUCUACAUGGCUUUCUUCCUCUUCUUCAUAUCCAUGUUCCAGAUAUCGUUCCGGGUAUGGCGCCGCCUUCUGUACGGAUUCACGAUGACGCUCAUCCUGUACCAGAUGCUAGUGCUCGUCACCAUUUACCUCUAUCAGUUCAAACACAUUCACGAGUGGAUCACCGACUUGGGCAUAUCGCAGCAGUGGCAGCGCGACCUGGGCCUGGAGGUGUACCAGACGGGGAGAUUGUUUAUCAAGCUGCUGUUCCCGACGCUGUUCAUGAUUGUGUGCGUGGUCUAUAUCCAACACAUCCACAAGGACUUCAUGGCACUCACCGACGAGGAGCGCUACCACAGACGCCCGGAGCCGGCCGGCGCGCCCGCCUCUCAGCCCGCCUCGGCCGCCGCCUCUCCCGCCGGCUCGCCGACCGGAGAGCCGCCCGACUCUCCCUCGCCGGUGCCCGUGUUCAGCCCCUCGGCGGACACCAUCAACAACACCGUGGACACCGUGGACACGGCGGAUACCGCGGACACGGACCGGACAGCGGACACGGUGCAGCUGGCGGGCGCGGCGCCCGUGGCAGAGCCGGAGGAGGAGGAGAUGGGCGUCCUGCCCGGUGGACUGCUGGAGGUGCCCACCACCGAGCAUGGCCCGGCACUGGACGAGACCAGCAGCCUCAGAGAGAUGAAAGGCUGGCUGUUCCACUACUGCGCCCGGGCGUGGAACCUGGCCUUGGCGCUGCUGGACAAGCUGCUCUGGGUGUUCUGCCGGCUGAUGGAGAUCCACGGCAUGAAGGUCAACAUGUUCGCCAUCACCAUGGUCACCGUCUUUGAUGUGUGUGCGGUCCACUUCUGCCUGCUGCUGCUGGUGUGCGUGGCCCUGCUGCUGGAGAGCCGCGGUCAGAAGGUGUGCUGUGACCUGGCCAUCUGCUGGGUCAGCCUGCUGCUGCUGCUGCGCAUGAUCUACCAGAUGGACGUCAUCCCAGGGGACCUGUGGACCGUCAACUGCACGUUUUCGAUGCCCCACCUGACACCGGCGAAGGGAGCAGCGGCCCCGGCGGCGGCUCUCCUCCUGAACACCACUCACAACACCACCGUUCACGGCCUGGUGUGGUUCGGUCUGCAGAAGAUGGACAGCCUGCCGCAGUACGUCACCGGAUACAUCGGCGUCAUCCUGGUGCUGACUCUGCACAAGUCGGUGUCGGUGCGCGCCCUGUACCGCUCUCUGCGGGACGGACACGCCCCCACCGAGGGAGUGUUCUUUGCCGGCGUGGGCCGCGCCCACUCGGACCGGGGCCUCCUCGAGAUGACCAAGUACCUCGUCAACUACUGCUUCUACAAGUUCGGCGUCGAGAUCACUCUGAUCGCCCUGGUGAUCCUGGUCGGCGUGCGGCUGGACGUGGUCUCGGUGCUGUACGCCCUGUGGCUGUGCGGCCUGUUCAGCCUCCGGCGGCCGGCGCUGGCCCGCGUCUGGCCAGUGUUUGUGGUGUUCGCUGCAGUGCUGACCCCGCUACAGUACCUGCUGGCGCUCGGACUGCCCGCCGGACUCUGCUACGAGUAUCCGUACGCGUCUGUAAUGAACCCUGAGCUGAGACAGUGGCUCUACCUUCCCGACUACAAGGAUCCGCCCGUAGCGCAAAAACUCGUGGCGGACUUUUUCCUGCUGCUGCUGGCGUGCUGUCAGCGGCGCGUGUUCAGCCGAGAGGAGUGUGAGCAGGUGCGACAGCUGGCCGGCAGCAACCGGCAGAUCGACGAGCAGAAGCUCAGCAGCGGUUACGUCAUCGGCGUGCCCGAUUACAUCACCAGGAAGGGGACGUACCUGGACGUGCUGAAGCGCGUGGUGUUCUUCUCGUCCUACUGGCUGACGCUGGCCGUCGUCUUCCUGGCGGGUAUCAACCGCAUCACGCUGCUGUCGCUGCUCUACGUGGCCAGCGCCUUCAUCUUCCUCUGGAAGGGCACCGACUACUACCUGCUGCCCUUCAGGGACAUCAGGAAGAGGUGGAUCCUGCUGCUGACCUACUGCGUGGUGGUGAUCACACUCAAGUGCUCCAUCUUCCAAAUCAUGGGCUGCGUCUUCCUGCCGUUCUUCAUUGACCACGCGUGCUGGUUUGUUCAGCUGAUGGGUAUCGGUUGUCUGCAGCGGCUGGAGCCCGGCCUGAGACCCAUCAGCGAGCCAGCCUCGUCGUCCGAGUGUCCGGUGCCUCACUCGGAGGCGGGCCUGCUCUGGGACGGCAUCGUGUUCGCCUGUCUGCUGCUCCAGCUGCGCUUCUUCUCCAGCCACUACUUCCAGCACCUGGUGCUGGAGACGCGCGCACAGCAGAUGCUGGCCAGCAGCGGGGCGGAGAUGAUUGAGCGUGAGCGAAAGAAGAAGAUCGAGAAGCGGCAGGCCGAGGAGGAAAAGGCGAUGGCCGACAUUCGUCGUAAGAUGGAGCGGAUCAAGGAACAACGCAUUCAGAAACAUCGCCAGAAGUACGACAACCACUACCAAGACCUGGAGCUGGACCUGGAACGCGAGCUGGAGGAGCCGCCCCCGGAGCUGGCGCCGCCCUCGGACGACACCAGCAGAGAGAUCUCGCCCGGACAGCUUCUCCUGUCGGGAAUCAUGAAGGACUUCAGUUCAGCGGCCGAGGACGCGAGGAAGGCACGCAGACGGUCGGGAGAGGAGCAGCUCUCUGCCCUGGGAGGAGAGAGCAGAGGAGGCGGCGUCCGGCGGCGCGGCACUCUGCAGAGAGCUAAAUCACAGCACGCUCCCGUUCGCCAGGGCUCGCCGCGGGCCCGGCUGACGCGACUACACAGCGACCCAGCUCCGCGCACCCACUCGCUACCCAUCUCGUCGCUGGCGACACUCCAGUCUCAGGACUCUCAGGACGACGACGACGCGCCAGUGGCGCCACACGACGGACGCGAUACGAACUACUCGGACAGCAGCGAGGAAGAGGAGGGAGCCGGACAGAAAGCACUGGCCUCUCUGCUGCGUCGCACCAUCCUGGGUCUGAAGUCGGCCGGCAACUUCCUACUCGAGUUCAUGGCCAGCAUUCUGAUCGCGCUCACCGUGAAGCUGAACAACGUGUCAGCAGACUACCGCUACAUCGCCAAGAAGCUCUCCAAGCAGAAGCGGCGGCUCAAGGAGCGCCCUAGCGAGUCAUCCCCGCUGGCCCCGCCCUCUGGUGGUGGGGGCGGGGGCGGCCGGCCGGCGGUGGCGGACCCCGGGGGUGGGGGCGAUACUCCGCUCCUCUACCUGACCCCAGAGGACACCCCGCGACUGACCGAUCCGACCAGGAAAACCGGCACAGAACCCAUCAGUGACGGCUCAGAGGACGUGGAGGAGGGCGUCAGACAGUCGGUCUCGGAGGACCUGAGCACGGCCAGCGCGCGCCAGAUCCUCGAACAGCUGGCCGUAGCCCUCUGGUACGCCGUGGUCAGCCGGUCCGAGAUGGUCGCCUACAUCGUGGUCUUUAUUAAUCAGAUGGUGUCUGCGUCGAUCCUGUCGCUGCCACUACCAAUGAUGGUGUUCUUCUGGGGCAGUCUUUCCGUGCCGCGGCCCAGCAAGACGUUCUGGGUCACCAUGAUCGCCUACACCGAGACAAUCAUCAUCAUCAAGUACAUGUUCCAAUUCGCCUUCUUCCCGUGGAAUCAGGUGGAGAAGCUGAACGCCCCGUUCUGGCCGCCUCGAAUCCUGGGCAUUGAGCGGAAAGACCAGUAUGCCGUCUACGACCUAGUUCUGCUGCUCAUCAUUUUCUUCCAUAGGGUGGUGAUGAAGACACUCGGCCUGUGGAAGGACGUGGAUGACGCCGCUGAGCUGGAGACCCCGCCGGUGGUCCCGCCUGCCGACCACCUGGGCGCCACGCGACUCACCGUGGCAGAACGUAGCCGAGCCGUGGCGCGCAAAGCCAAGGGCGAGCUCAUGGAGGGCUUCAAGUUUUACGUGUCUGCUGUGGGCGAGUUUUUCAAGUCCCUCCUCUCCAACUCUGGCAAAGAGAAGGUGGAUGUAUACGCCUACAUGUUCAUCUGCGACUUCAUCAACAUAUUCGUGGUGUUCCUCGGCUUCUCGUCGUUUGGCCCGCCGCAGGGAGGCAGCGGCGACGACAUCUCGUCGGUGGUGGAGGAGAACCGGGUGCCCAUCCCCUUCCUCAUCAUCCUGUCGCUCAACUUCCUUCUGAUCCUGGUCGACCGGGCGCUGUAUCUGAGGAAGACGGCCCUGUGGAAGCUCGUGUUCCAGUAUGUGUUGGUCGUUGUGGUACACGGGUGGCUGUUCUUCGUCCUGCCGGCGAUGACAGACAGGGAGUUCGACCAGGCGGUGGCACCGCGUGUCUGGUACAUGAUCAAGUGCAUCUACCUGCUGUUCUCGGCGUACCAGAUUCGCUCCGGCUACCCCACCCGAAUACUGGGCAACUUCCUCACCAAGCAGUAUACGUUCUUCAACAAAAUGGCCUUCAGAGGAUUCAUGCUUAUUCCGUUCCUGUACGAACUGCGCGCUCUCAUGGACUGGAUGUGGACGAAAACCUCUCUGGACAUCUUCAACUGGCUCAAAAUGGAGGACAUCUACGCGCACAUCUUCCUGAUCAAGUGUCAGCGCGUGCAGGAGGGGACGCAGGUUUACGUGAGCGGGGAGCCGCGUCGCACCACUGAGAAAUGUGUGUUCGGCGGCGGCUGGCUGCUGCUGAUCGUGGCUGUCAUAUUCGCUCCGCUGGUGCUGUUCGCGCUGAGUAACGCGGUCGGCCUGCCCAACGUGCCGUAUGAGGUUACCAUGGAGAUCGGAGUCGGCGCCUACGAGCCCAUCUUCCGGAUGACGGCCGAACAGAACUCGAUCUUGCGCAUCACGGAGAAGGACCUGGACGACAUCAGCUUCCACUACCGCAGCGACCGGCGCGCUCUGGGCUUCCUCGCCGACUACGAUCAUACAGACGUAAACGUCAUUCAGCUGAGCGGCAAGUCGACGGCGGUCUGGGCCAUCUCACCGCCCUCGCAGACUCGUCUCAUCGAGGACCUCAUGGGCAACGACACGGUGACUCUGAAGCUGGCCUGGAAUGUGAAGAGACUCUCCAACUCAGCGGCCGUCUCUACCGACUCACUUGACUCCAGAAAGAUACCGCUGCCGGCCUAUACAAAGAACAAUGUGCGGAACCCGAUCCGCCAGCAGCUGGCUGCCAUGCUGCGUGGAGACAUACCCGGCGCUAACGUGUCCAUCCCGCACAUGUUCCCAAAGUUCAUCCGAGUCACCAACCAGGGUAAGGCGGGGCUGGCCUCUGAGCUCACGGAGCCCACGCGCUCCGACCCCGACUCGGCCUGGCGCGCCCUGAACCUCACUCUGAUGAGGGACAACGAGACCGAAGUCGAGUGGUGGGAGGUCCAGGAGGACUGCAGGGACAACCUGUACCGGUGGCUGCCCUAUGCCACCUGCAGUCUUCUGGUGAUGGUCAGCUUCAGUCAGCGCUCGUUUCCCAGCACGCUGACCUACAUCACCGGAGCGGGCAUCAUCGGUUCAUACACCACCUUCGUGCUGGUCAUCGGCCGCCUGUGCCGGACCCCGUUCGUUGACAUCUCCUACCAUAUAAUGUUCGACGAACUGCCCUACGUGGAUCGAAUACUGCAGAUAUGCGAGGAUAUAUACUUAGUACGAGAAAGAGGCAACUUGGCACUGGAAGAGGAACUAUUCGCGAAGUUAAUAUUCCUCUACCGGUCGCCUGAGAUGAUGAUAAAGUACACAGAACCUCCGAGAGAAGAUAGUCAUAGCCAAUAAACUGUCAUCGUUCGACUGGUGUAAACUACAAACAGUGCUGGUGACAUGACACUUCCUUGCGAUAGUCCUGUUUCUGUUUUGGCUCAGGAUGACUGGUGUGGAGGAUAAUGAUUGGAAAGUGAACCACUAGCCGCGGCUCUGUGCUCGCAUAGGGGCAGUCUGUCAACCCUGGUGCACUGCUCGAAUCGGAAUGACCUGCCAAAGAGUGCUCUGUCCCGCUAGAGUUGGUCAUGUUUGAGUGGUGUGCCAACCUCGGUGCUCUGCUCGCACUGCGGCGAUCUACCAGCCGAAGCGUUCUGCUCGAAUUGAAGCUUUCUGCCAACGGUUGCGCUCGUUUCGACGUGUGGCGAGUGGAAACGGCCCGAAGGCCGGACGACUAGGACGAGCCGACCCCGAGCGCGCCUGUCAGGCCGGUGUGGGCGUGGGCGCUCCCCGGGCGUUGGCAGGUGGGCCGCCGGCUACCGACGGGCGCCUGACUGUUUUACUUGCCAGCCUUACUUGUGGACCGUUUUUGAGGAGUCUGUACGUUUUGAACGAUCCUGCUGAAAAUGGUAAAGAAGCAGAGGUGAGUUCUAGUGGAUGUGUAUAUCGUUGAACGGAAAGUGUAGGACGUAGGUGUACUUUAUAUUGUAAUCGGGGCUGGUACGACAGGUUCGUUCGCAUGACUGUUUACAUAGCUGAACGAAGAGCUUUUUGAACCUAUUUAUGCGCAGGUGUGAGACAGUGUCCUAAGUAAACCUGGUAGAAGUAAUAAUCUGAUCGUAAGUGGUUGAAUUGUAAUGACGACAUGUUUGCUAAAAACUAUCAAUCUUGUCGGUGUGGUCGGUCCAGCGCCAAUAAUGAAUCCACGGCGGUUUUAUGUUGUCUUUCAUUGAAUUCCUGCGUUUCGCUGCAUUGUCUGAGUUGCUGAUUUAUGCUCAGCUGUUGUCGAGUGUCGAAUGCUACAGGUCGCUCGAGAGGUCGUUUGAUACGAUUUUGAUGUGCCUACUGAUGUGCUGGUCGGCGGCUGGUGACUGCCAAACUGUGCUGGUGCCACUGCGGACGGCAGACUGUCUUUAGCCGUGCUACAACACCUCUCCCUCGUCCGCGGCUGCUGUGUGUAGCUGGGCCGUCCGACUUGUGCCACCUGCGCGGGUUUAUCGCGCCUCUGACGGCCACCGCCGCGCACACUGCGUCUCUGGCGGUCCCGUGACGGCACCUCGGCUCCAUAUUCCGCGGUGGGCUCGUCGUGAGCUCGAGCGCACGUGCGCGCGGCGUGUCGAACCCCUGUCGCCGCGGCCCGGAGUGGGGCCGAUUGCAGUUCGUUGCUCCGUACGCACCGGUACGUACGGCUGUCAGUGCGGCGCGUGUCUCAGCGGUGGUGCGAGGUUUCUGCGAACUCACCGCUCCUGUGCGACCUGAUGUGGGCGCGACCUGUGUCAGCGCCGUGUGCAGCUCCAUCAAAUACAAGGAGAUGUUUGAG